GACUGUAACACUGAGAAGGGACAGUUAUUCUGAGUGACGGCCCUUGCAAGCGCUUCUGAGUGGUUAUCAUGGGCUUCAUUGCCUUUCUGAAGACCCAGUUCAUAGUUCACCUCCUCAUUGGGUUUGUUUUCGUUGUGAGUGGACUAAUCAUUAACUUCAUUCAACUAUGCACGCUAGUCCUCUGGCCCAUAAACAAGCAGUUUUAUCGUCGAGUAAACUGUCGCCUUGCCUAUUCGCUUUGGAGCCAGUUAGUAAUGUUGCUGGAAUGGUGGUCAGGCACAGAGUGUACCUUGUUCUCCGACCAGGCUACGGUGAAUACCUUUGGGAAAGAGCACGUCAUCAUCAUUUUGAAUCACAACUUUGAAAUCGACUUCUUAUGUGGGUGGACUAUGACAGAGCGCUUCGGAGUACUAGGGAGUUCCAAAGUUCUUGCUAAAAGAGAACUAUUAUAUGUGCCCCUAAUUGGCUGGACGUGGUACUUCCUUGAGAUUGUCUUCUGCAAAAGGAAAUGGGAAGAAGACAGAGAUACAGUAAUUGAAGGAUUAAAACGCUUGUCUGAUUAUCCUGAAUAUAUGUGGUUUCUCCUGUACUGUGAAGGAACUCGUUUUACAGAGACCAAGCAUCGUAUCAGUAUGGAGGUAGCUGAAUCCAAGGGGCUGCCUAAACUGAAAUAUCAUCUGUUGCCCAGAACCAAAGGUUUCACCACUGCUGUGCAGUGUCUCAGGGGAACAGUUUCAGCAGUGUAUGAUGUAACACUAAAUUUCAGAGGAAACAAGAACCCGUCUUUAUUAGGAAUUCUUUAUGGAAAGAAAUAUGAAGCAGAUAUGUGUGUAAGGAGAUUUCCUCUGGAAGAUAUCCCUCAAGAUGAAAAGGAAGCUGCAAACUGGCUUCAUAAGCUUUACCAAGAAAAGGAUGCUUUGCAAGAGAUGUAUAAUCAAGAAGGCAUAUUUCCCGGUCAGCAGUUUAAACCUCCUAGAAGACCAUGGACUCUCCUAAACUUUCUCUUCUGGGCCACAGUUCUCCUGUCUCCUCUCUUCACGUUUGGCUUUGGAGUUUUUGCAAGUGGAUCACCUCUUCUUAUCCUUGCAUUCCUGGGAUUUGUUGGAGCAGCUUCCUUCGGAGUUCGUAGACUGAUAGGAGUAACUGAAAUAGAAAAAGGCUCCAGCUAUGGCAACCAAGAAUUCAAGAAAAAAGAAUAACUGACAGCUGCAUUUCAGCACAUGUAACCAGACUGUGGUAUCCAAUUAACUUCAGUUUAAAAAAAAAAAAAAACUUAGAAACUAUCUUUUUCUUAAUAACUGAUGACUAAUCUUAAUGAAUAAAACUUGAGCCAAGAAUGAAGACGUUGGAGGCCUCAACUGAAGAGAAAGCAUCAACUUCCUGCCUGUUUAAGGAUUACUGUAGUCAAACUGUGGGAGAAAAUCUGGAGGAAAAAAGAAACUAAUUUUUCUUGCUUUGGGGACGUGGGUGCGGGGAGGGGUAAGAGGGGGCAUUGGACAUGGCCAUGUGCAUCUUCAGAUGACUGUACGCACUGGUUUCUGUCAAGAGCACUACACUCGCUUUUACAACAGGAGCCACUGAAUGUUUCCUCUUGCUAAAGCCAACAUAAUAUUUGUUGAUUUCCAACUUUUUUUAUUAAUGCUCCAGGAAAAAAAAACUUACCCUUCUUAAAUUAAUUGACAAAUGUUCUUUGGGUUAGAGUCAUUUUGGAAAGGCUGUGUUGUCAUGACUACAGAGGAAAUCCUAUUUGUAUGUUACACUGAUACUUUUUUAUUUUCAGGCAACUUCUUACAACUUCUGUAAUGCAAGAGAAUGAAUAGUGGAGUUUGGAUGGAAGCGGUGUAUUACUGAUCGGCACAUACUAUAAAACAGAUUCACUAGUAUUAAAACCUUAUGAAAUUCUCAUCAUAUCUCCUGCCAACUGCUCAAGGCUCAGUUUAAACUCAAUAUAUUACUUUGGUCUUGAGUGUUGCUUGCCCUGUUUCACAUCAUACAUGUAUGUACACAUGAAUCUGUUUGGACUUAUUUUGUUUUCUGAGUUAAUGGGAUUAGGAUUUGGAGUUGUACAAAGAAGGAAAUUUAUUCAAUUGUCCUGACAUUUCCUCCUUUUAUUUCUGUUCAUGUCUGUCCGCACUGAAGUCCCAUUCAAUCAAUCUCUCUCAGUAAACUGGCAGACAGCAGCAGAAACCAGCACAAUAGUUUUCAAAAGGUCGUCUUUUACAUGAAAUAACUCUAAAAGGAGAGGUGUGUAGCAAUCAGAGUUCAAAUACUGGCAUCUCUUGAGCUUUUCAUGGGAGUUUUGACGUUGAUUCAUAUGGGGACAGGAUCUUACCCUGUGUGCUCUACCAAUAGGCUAUGCUGCACUUUUUACCUGGUUGUGCUUUAGAUGUUAAUGUGAAGUAUAUUGCAAGGCGAGCUGUACUAGCAAGCACUAGAGUAAGUUUGGGAUCUCUUCAGGGAUUUUAAAUAACUUUAGUUUUGCUUAUUGAUCUUUGGAAUUUUUUUCACUGAAAAUUAGAGAUCAGAAUCGUGGCUGUGUCUGUCUUUUUUGUCUCUUUUUUUUUUUUUUUUAAUUUUUCUCAAAAGGCACGUUUUGAGAUGUUGUAGAUUGCUGGUGUAUGCAUAGCUGGAGAAUUAUUUGCAGACAGAUGGAAACUACCGAUAUGUUCAAGUCUGAAGGCGAGAUUCUGCAUUUGGCUGCGCUCAGAAGUUGGUGGAAUAGAUUGCAGAUACACGGCUGGGUGCGGAAGCUGACCCUAAAGGUCUGUCAUUUUAACCCAGCUGCCACUAGACUAUAUAUCUCACUUUUGUAAAGAACAGAGCUUAUCAAAGCACUGAUCAUUAUUUUCAUCUUUGCUCUAGUAACCAAGAUAAGAGAGUAAUAAUUUACCUUCUUUUCAUAUUUACUCUUAACUGUUGGAAUGUAGCCUCUUCUCCUACAGCUUUUUCUUUGUUUUCAAACAUUAGAAGAGUAAUUUCAUAACUUGGAAAAAUACUUUACUUGGGGUCAUUAAUCACUGUUCUGUCUUGCACUUGAUUUUUAUUUGUGGUCUUUUCAACAAGAGGAUUUGAAGGAUGUCCUGUGUUGUCUGUCUUUUGUUAGACCCAUCCAUGGUGCAGCAUUAUACCAGCAGCCCCAGUGUUAGUAUGUUGUGCUUCUACCCCCAAAAAUUCUGCCCUAAGCUCGGAGGUGCAAGACUCUUAAAUAUCAGUGAAAUUUGGAAUAUGCUUUGGGAACUGAGGAGAACAGAGCCUAGCCAUGACUUUGUUUUCCUUACUGGAUGUUUUUGCACUCUCCUUAAACACAGUUAGAUUUCCAAAUGCUGAUAAAGCGAACUCUCCGAUUUUCUUUUUUUUGUUUUGAUCAGAGGACCAAAACCAGUGGGCUUCUCUUUUUUUUCUCCUUUAUUAAGUAAUUCAGUAGUGGACGUAAUUCUUGCUUGUUAGAAAGAUGUUACAAAUGCUGUAUUCUUGCUUUCUGAAGAUGGUGAUGCGUAUAUGCAAAUUGUACUGGUUUAUCAAAGUGAGGCUUGCAAAGCAAGCUGAUCGUUGACUCUGUUUUACACUUAUCUUUUAUGCAGUAUGCUUAUGGACAUAAGAACUUCACAAAAUAACUCCCUUAAUGUUGAGAAGAGGGAGAAAUGCUUAAGGGGGAAGGAAAUAAGUAGCCUUUCUCUUUAUGGGAUUCUUCUCUCCUCUUAGUGCAUGUAGCUCCCUCUUAGGAAUCGUGGGAUUAGUGCAUGCACAUCAAGGAGAUAAUAGUCAACAUUUCAUAUUUUCUUAUCCUAACUUAUUAGUAAAGCAUUGUUUUUGAAAAUAUAAUAAAUUAUCAUUUGCUUAAAUUUUGCUCUUCUAAGCAGACAUAUCAGUAACCAUUUGGAAAACUGAGAUAUACAGCAGUGCACAAAACAGUACAAGAACAGCACAAAUCUCUUCAUUUUGAAUUUUGUCUCAUCAAAUAGGAUUUUUUAUACAUAUAUGAUAUAUAUAUAUACACAUACAUGCAUACACAGUAUGUAUAAGUUAACAUGAUGGGAAAUAGCUGAACUUAAUGUCACUAAUGAAGAUAAGCAGGUGGCUUAGAUUGGAAAACUGAGCAUAGGUUGUGUGUCUUACACUAUGUUCUUCUGUUUAACAGAUCACAGCUUGUAUAUUUGACUACCAAGCCCUCUGAGAGCAAUAAUAAACAAAAAUAUAUCAUGUUUUUUGUCUUUACUUUUCAACCAUGCUGUCUGUAAGUGUAAUAAAACUUAAUGCUAUAGGAGCAUUUCCUCUCCACCUUUCAAAACUUUCAUUUAUUGCUUGAUUAGAUUAAAUAUCAUGUUCUCAAGUUACGGACUUGCAAGCUGACUUUCAUGGAGCUCAGCGUUGACUCAGAAGAUGCAUGGUUUCACAGACUAAAUAUGGACAAAUGCUGUGCUCUGGGCCUUGGCAGCCCUAUCAUUGUCGUGAACAACAGUGAUGUUGCUCUCAAACCAAGAUUUGCAAUUCCAAGAUAGCAUCAUGUUGACCUAUAUCUAUCUACCUUGCUAAAAACCUGGUGGGAGAGCUCUCAGACUGCUGGCUUCAUGGCAACUCUCUGUUAGGAGGGCAGAAAAGUGAUGCUGAAGAACGAUGCAUAAUGUUGUCCAGAUAACUGGUAUGGCAUACCAGGUCUUGGCAUCCGGAUAGCUGAUAUCGAGAGGUCUCUGCUCGGUAGGGAUUACCAUUCUCUGUUGCUCACUGUGGGCUAAAUGUGCUAUUGCAAUUAAGUUUGUGUUACUGAGUAAAGUAUUUGUCUCAGGCACAAAGAGCAUGAGCAAUGUUCCUUUGUUCUGCUUUACCUUUAACUUAUCUUGAAGGGCUCUACAUUUAAUUGCUGACCAAUGAAUAUGACUACUACCUUUGUCCUAAUUGUCUAGUGUUCACAGAAUAAGUGAAUGCAUACUCACUUCUUCUGUGUGAUACCACUUGUCUCCUACUGAUGUCUAUGUAUUUCCUUGCUUGUAUUUUCUGCACAUUGUUCAGUUACAACCAUUCAGCAGGAGCUUAGAGCUUUCCAUCUCUAUCUGACAGAAGCCCUCUUGUGUAGCCUGAGCUUCUGUCUUCCUGAGUUUCGGCACUGGCUUAGAAGGUCUGAAGUGACAUAGUUGCGUUCAAGUCUACCGCUAACACAACUUUGCUACUACAGAACAAAGCUGGAUUAAGGAAGAUAAGUCCUUCCCAGGCCUGUUCACAGAUGCUGUCAGUACCUGCUAGCAAGACUCUCCCUGGCAGUGAGGAAACCAGUUAGAGGGGGUUAGCACACGGUCUUCGCUAGCAGUCGGAGUAACUCCACCAGCAGGUGGUCAGUAUAUGUUGGAUAACAGCUAAAGGUACAGUUCCUGUCUGGGACAAUCCCCAAAACGGUUUUCACUUCACAGUCGUUUUGCUUAAAGAAGCAUGGGGUUGAAGUCGUGUGGGUUUUUUUUGUUUGUUUUUUGUUCUGUUUUUUUAAAUGCUGAGUUCACACUACAGAGUGAACAGAGCGUUUCAGACUGAAGUGUGAUAAUAUUCACAGAUUUUAGCGUCUUGGAGAAGCAUUUACUAAGCAAAUCCAAGGCCAAGAUGGACAGACUUAGCCCAAGCAUGUUUCACUCAAGUGCUGCAGGACAGUGCAGCUGAAAGUGAAAAAUCCAUUCCUAGGUUCUCUCCAAAAGCUGGAUGCAGCACUGUGGCUCCCAGCGUCUCCUAGCUGUCCACGCACUGGUGCCACUUGGCAUGAAGUUUCUAGUUCACAGCAGUAAAUGUUACGCAUUCUGUUUUGUGCCUGUUAAUAGAAGCCCAUCUUUUUCAUGGUAAUGUUGAAUCUGUACUUUGAUGCACUUUGUCACAGCUGCUCACUUCUUUACUUUUGAACCCUUUGAUCCAAAACAGGCUGCUCUAGAGCUGCCGACACUGAGUGAAGUUGGGAUUUGAGGCAGAUAACAGCUGUGCCGAGCUGCAACUCGCAUAGCUGAAAGUAGGAGGAGCACAUACAGACACAGACAAAUUCUUGCCCUGAAAAAGUGGAAUAAUUGCCAGGAACUUUGUAAACCGAAGAUCCGAAUCUCUUUGUGGACGUUUAUGAGGUAACUCUCGCUACACUUAUGUGGUUGGGCUCAUCUUGAAGGGCCUAUCUCCUUGUUACAGAUGGCAGCUUGUAUUCUGCCAUGCUUCACCAUCUUUAUCUUGAAGAAUAGUUUAUCAGAUUUUUCUCAGCAGUCUCUGUACCAAGAUCCUCACGGAUCUUAUUUUUUUAACCUGCUGUGGUUUUGAAGGAGAAUUUUGUGGAAGUCAGUGUUACAGGGUCGGUGUCGUGUUUGCUAGCCACCAGAAAAUGUCAUGAAAAUAUCCCACACCUUUUGGAACUGGGAAAACAGUGAAUUGGCAUCCAUAAAGUAAUCAUCAUGUCUCUUUUCUCAUUAGCUUCUCUAAGUUUAUAGAACACUACCUGUAUUUUUAAAUACAUAUUUAUAUGUAUUUAUCCAUAGUCGCAAGCUACUCUUCAGUUUUAGAAACUUGGAAGAAGGUUAAUUUGUUCACUUUAACUUUUGAGAGUACUUGAAUGUAGUUGAUUGUCUGUUUCUAAAAAGCUUUAUAUAAACUCCACUAGCAGAAGAAGCAUUCUAUCUUUUAUAUAUUUGAAAAACAGACACUUUUAUCAGAAACUGGAAUAUAAUACGGCGUUUAUCUACCUUGGUAGUAUCCUUUAAUGUGGGGACCACCAUUACCAAUUUUCAGUCUUGGAGUUCUAUUUCUUUUUUUUAUUUUCACCAACAUACAUUUUCAAAGAAAAAAGAAAUUGCCAACUUACUAGUUACACUAAAAUCUAAUUGAGAAGGGAGGAAAAAUGGGCAGCACAGGUUAAUUAGGAAUGAAACUUUUUUCCAGGGCAUGAAAUGCUUAUACAGACCUCAUUUAUUAUGUGCAUAUGUAUCUGUGCACACAGACAAGCUGUACCUAUUUACAUUAUUUUGCUUCUGCUGUGUCAGAACUGUAAGUUGUGACAAUUGAAUGCUACUUGCCUGAAAGGCAGUGAGCUACUGUAAACUGGCAUGUUACUCAGUCAUAAUGAUCACCAGCAAGUACUGUAGCUUUAACGAAAAUCUUCUCUCUGAGAACACUAACCAUCCUUAACCUGAAUGAUUGUUACACACUUGUAAUUUGGGGGGGAAGUGCGAGCACCAGAUUAUCAUUAUUAGCCAAAUCUAAUGAGUAAUAAAACUGUAUACAGGGUACACAUUUACUGUGCAUGUGUAUAUAUUUUUGUACAUUUUUACAGUUAUUUCCUACGCUUGAUUUUAUGGCGUUCAGAAAAGAUGCGUCUGAAUCUGGUAAAAACUAUUACUGGAAAAAAAAAACCCACUGUCACCUACUGUAGUUUCUAAAAAGAACUGUGCCCCAAAUGAAUGCGCAGAUUUGCAGUGCUAUGCAAAUAUUAUUUUGUAAGUUGUCUCUUAAAUUUUGCUUAAGUAGUUCAUGCUGUUUUUACCGAGCUUUCAGAAAAUGAUUAAUGCAAAAGACUCGUCUUGUGAAAUAAAAUAGCUUUGGCUGUGUGAGAGUACUGUA